ACUUGUUGCUCCUCCAAUCCCAGGAAGCGAAACACGCUCGGUACUUGAGUGAACUGUCGGACCAAGAGGCAUGGAGUACAACAUUAGUUUGGAUCCAAAAACAAACCACAGACGACCCAGCUGUCUUCCUUACCAACAAAUUUCUUAAACAUAGAUGUACUUUAAGCUUUAUGGCGGAUACGCUCGGGAGCGAAACGUAGCUGGACUACUGCUGUGCAUAUGGCGGCUAACGGUAACGUUGAGGUCUUUGCCCAAAAUAUUUACCGGCGACGUCAGCUUCCCAAAAGGUGCCGUCUAUUUGCUGGAACAUGAGUUAGCAAACUAGCAUCGAAGCUAAUUUUAAGCCAGUUGAAUAAGCGAAUAUUGUCUAGUAACAUGCUUUCUAUAUCAGUAAGAAGUUUUUAAGCAAACCAGUUGAAUGGGAAACAUUUUGAUCCAAGUUUUCCAGAGCGUAGAUGUGAUAUAAAGUUAUAUGUGAAGUUUAUAAACUGUGUAUAAAGGGAUUGCUUGUUGACGUGGAUGGCAGCAGGGAUUUUGCAGUGUCGGGUCUGGUAGUGGAAGUCUGUUUUGCACUGAAUCAGGUCGCACUUGUCAGUGUUUGGACCAGACUAUGAUCUGGUGUGGGAUUAAUCCAACCACAAGCUCGAAAAAUGGCUACUGGCGAUGCCCAGAAAACACAAAGUGAACACCUCAGGUGGCUUACUCCACAAAGACAAUUUGAAGUGUGUUGAAAACUUAAAAAAUCAUUCUGAAAAGGCACCACAUUUGCGUUUUAUAAGUUUCUUCAUCCACCUGGUGAAUGUUUUGUUGUAUGAUGUUAAGAGCAUCUUGUCUCUGCUUUCAGAUCCAUGAUGUACUCCACUGUCAUUAAUAUUCACCUAAUUUCUGAGGGGGCAACGAGGAAGAUCAUUUCUGUCGACUAAGUGAAGACCUCCCCUCCCCUCUCCUGAAGAAGUGUGAAACAUGCCCCUGCCAUUUGGCUUCAAACUCAAAAGAACUCGAAGGUAUACUGUUUCAAGCAAGAGCUGUCUUGUCACUCGGAUACAGCUGCUCAAUGGAGAGUUUGUUGAGUUUACGCUUUCAGUGGAGAGCACGGGACAGGAAUGUUUGGAGGCAGUUGCUCAGAGACUUGAGUUAAGAGAGGUAUGUAUGGUUUUUCAUUCAAUACAAACACUGCUUGAUCUCUCCCACAGGUUUCAUGUGGAGAUACCACGCUAAAAUGUGUGUGCGAAGUAUCGGCCUCUACAUAGCUUGGUCAGUUUGGUUAAGAAAAGGAGCUGUGAGUCAGGAUUGACUAGUACACUAUGUUGUCAUGUCUGUAUUCGGUCACCGUUUGUCACACAAUGACAACAACUGUUAGUUUUCAACUGAUGUAAGCCUGAAUGCCGUCACACUGAAUUGCACCACAAUCAACAGAAGAGACUGCUGAAUGUGCAGGCAAUCAGGCAGAUGAACUUAGUGCAUCAUGCAGCAGAAAAACAGACGCUGUCCAUUGGCUAACGCUUUAUUUGUCAUUUGUCUGGCUAGCAGUGUAGGUGCAAGUUACAGGCCUCCACCCUCAUUCAGGGUUUUUGUAGUAUGCGGCAAGCAAUACAGUUGUGUUUGUUUUUAAUGUCACCAGGUGUGUUUGUGUAAUCAUUUUCUUUGCCAUGGAUAACAGAGAGUCGAUGCAGCAAAAUACACAGCUGCACUGCUGGUUGCAUGAUUUCCCUAAAGAUCCUUGGUUUGAAGAUCUAUUUUAAUUCGAUUACCAACAACAGUGAUGGAAUCUCAGUAGAAAAAAUGAUCAGUUUUAAUUUAUCUUGAUGCCUUUAUGCUUUUUGUUAUUAUGUUCUGUGCUCCAGAUCAUUUUUAUUCCAUAUAGCUACAAAAAAAGAAAACAGUCGAUUAAAGCUUACAUAACAUCUACAUAUGGUUAUCAUGUGUUAAUGGUGAUGUUGGCCAUCUUCAACUUGUGGUUUGAGAAAGGUUGCAUACCACAAUAGAGCUCUUUCAGUUUAAUGUGGGUCCAUUGUGAGCUAUCAGUCAGUCACAAGACUAGACAAGGAGUUCCCACAGGACUAGAGAAGUUUACAAUGGUGAAAAUUCAAGGUCUGUAUGUCCAGGUGUGUUCUGAAUAUCAUGUAUAUCUAUGAGUGUUUUGACUCACUGACGGCUAACAGACUUUUUAUGGGAUAUAUGAAUGAGUAAACAUCAGCUGAGCUCAGACAGUUAAGUAUAGUAGGGACUUUUUUUUUGUCUUUUAAUCACACCCUGAUGUAUGUGUCGCUUCCUUUGCUCAGAUAACAUACUUCAGCCUGUGGUACUUCAACAAGCAGAACCAGCAGAGAUGGAUCGACUUGGAGAAGCCGCUGAAAAAGCAGCUGGACAAGUAUGGGCUGGAGCCCACCGUUUACUUUGGAGUCGUGUUUUACAUACCCAGUGUCACCCAACUGCAACAGGAGAUCACAAGGUGACAUGAGGGGUCUUGUCUGAGCUUUCAACCUUGGUCUCUCCGCAGAUAUUAAUCUUCACGAAUUGCGGUUAAAAAUUGAAUUAGACUGGCAAUUUUUUUCAAAAAAGCCCUCACUGAUCAGGAAGUCAUGGACUAAGCUUAGACUCAGAGCUCUACCUCCUGAAUUAGUUUGUAGAGAUGUCUUCCUGUAUGUCUCCAUUCUAUACUUGUAUCUAGCAAGAUUGUUUAAUUGAUCAUGAGUUAUCCGGAUGCCCCCUUAUUCAAGAAGAUUAACCCUAUUAUGACUGGUCAGCUGUUUCUGCAGACCUGGACUAAGCUGUUAUACUUGGUUGAUAGCUGCUUGUUUUCCAGUUCUGAGCAACUUUGAAUUUCUCCCCAGAUAUCAGUAUUACCUGCAGCUCAAGAAGGACGUUUUGGAGGGAAGGAUCUCGUGCUCACUCGAACAAGCUAUUCGUUUGGCUAGCCUGGCAGUGCAAGGUAAUACAAAUGUGUAUGUAUAUGCAAUAUUUCAGGGUUUUUCUUCGGUCAAGAGGCCUGUGCCAGUUCAUUUAGGUUUUCUAUUGGUAUUUAUAAGCACAUUUAAACCCCAAGCAGGCAUAUGAAUGUGGUCAGGGGUGUGUGUUUAUGUGUAAAUGUGAACUCCCCUUGUUUAAGCAUGUCCUCCACUUCUAUCCCAGCCUGAAGAAUCUCAAACACUGCUGGCAAAGUUAUAUCAGGCACUGCGACUUACUGGCCUGGGUGUUGGCAUAGCAGAGCUGCUGAGAUCACUUACCGCUGCAGCGCAUGUUCAUAUGACUGACCAACAUGUUGUGUGUGCAUUGUUGGGACACACUGAGAAAUAGCUUGUAGUUACCUCUGAGAUGCAGCGCAGACGUUGUCAUGCAGAUUUGGCAUUUACGCUUUAAAUAAAGUUGUUUGCUUCCUAGUUUGUGUCCCUGGCAUGGUAUGGAGAAAAGAGCGUCAGUUUGAGCUGAUGCCAGGGAUGCCCAACAUUGUUGUGGAUGUUGCCAGCAGGGAAGACUAAAGCUGGUACCAGUUUUGGACUACGUAGUCAGACACUGAAGCAAUUCCUUUUCAUAACCCACAGGCCCUGUCUCUUCUAAAAUUAGUCGACAUUUCUUUCCAACAGCCAUUUCAACAUUCAGUCAUUCUUGGAUGUCUGUUUUACCUUUUGCCAAAUACAGUCAAGACUGUCAAAGUACGCAUGAGCACAUAAUAAGGUUUAUUUAGGGCGCUGUAUCAUCCAGAGAAUGGUUUUCAAAAUCUCUAACCUGGUGUGUCGUCUUUUUGGUCUACAGCUGAUUUUGGAGACUUCAACAGAUAUGAUUCUCAGGAGUUUCUUCAGAAGUUUGUCUUGUUUCCAAUUGUAAGCAUUCUGUUACCAACAAAUGAAAUGGAAAAAAAAACAAACAUUGGUAAUAUUUCUGUCUUUGUUCAAUGCCAGCACUGCAUCAAUUCUAACCUUUUCUUUUUCUAGGAUUGGAUCCAGGAUGAGAGAGUUCUGGAGGAGGCCACUCAGAAAGUGGCUCUUCUGUAUCAGUCCUUCAGGUGAACAGCUUUUCAAAACUUCAUCCUGCAUGUUCUGUGUGUUGAUCAGUGAUAGCUGUCAGUAUUGCACGUUUAAAUGUGCUCUUUUUGCAUCUAUUUUGCCAAGUCACCUUUUUUUAUGAAUGUAAUCUGGAUUACUUUGAACCAGGGGGAGGUCAAAUUUAAACCUGAGUUUUAUUUACUCUUGAGCAGGCGAGUACAGCCUGGCUUUUGUAAAGACAGCUCUAUCUAUGAACUGCAUCCACUGUGUCUCUUUUUUAUGAAAUAUUAUGACCCUGGAAUGACUGUCUUGAUCAGCUUUGUUAAACGCUGCCAUGUUGCUUGUUUUAGGACUGCUCUUGUUUUGUUUCCAGUGCUAAAAGUAUUUACCCUUCUGUUCAUUCAGAGGUUUAUCGGCUCCUGAGGCAGAGAUGUUGUACAUGCAGGAGGUUGAGAAAACGGAGGGCUACGGGCAGGAAAGCUAUCAAGCCAAGGUAGGUUGACCAGGUCCAGCCUGGGGUCUCAAACAUCCUGUGUGUUGACAAAGUUCCUCACAAAACUACACAUUGAGGAAGUAUAAGGUAUAAAAAGGUCUUGAUGCGUUUAUUUAAGACCCUGUUUCUAAAGUCUGGCCUCUCUUUUUGUCUUAAUAGGAUAGCACAGGCACUGAUGUUAGCCUGGGAUCCUGUCUGGAUGGCAUCUUUGUUAAGCAUAAAAAUGGCAGACCACUGACUCUCUUCAGGUAAGAAAUCAACCGUAAAAUUGAAAAAUGUAACUUUGACUGUUACAGCGAAGGCUAAAAGUGCUGAUAUAGAUCUUCUGCUUAAUAUUAAGACCUACCACACUCAUUUUCAUAUUUCCUUAUAUCAGUAUGGGACACCUAUAGAGUAGCUUGUUAUGAUUUGCAGCAUCUUUCUUCUAGUGUCAUCUGUGCAAACCCUUAUUAAGUACUGUUCAGCGUCUGUGUGAAGCCCUUGGUUUAGGCGGCUUUAAUUUCCAGCGAUAGAAAGUGAUUUAGUCAAGUGGUUUCUGAUCGUAAAUAUAAAUCCCGUUCAGUAUUUAUCAUCUCGAGUCAGGGCGGUUCUGAUCGUCCUUCUUCCUCAAGAUUAUCCUUGAAAGUGUCUGAUAAUGAGGCCUUUCCUGACUUUUGUUUGAAGGAGGACUCAGGCCCAUAAUUGUCAUGCUUAUCUCACAGUGUGUACCCAGCUUAACUUCCCGAGACAGACUGAGUCAAGAUGUUGCAGAAUGGAGGAGGAGGACAAACGGUGAAACAGACUCUCUUGCCUCCCGGUGGGCAUGUCUCUGGCAGCUGUUGGGUGGCCUCGUCCUUUAGCACAAUCUGAUGUCAGGCAUAAUAGGUGUCCUGUAAUACAAAGCCUUAAGAAAGCUUUGUCCGCUUACUGUGGACACUGAGCAGCAAUAAAAUUGAAUUUGAUGACUCUGAUCAAGUCUCUGAUUGAGCACGGCUCACAGCUGCUCUUCAGCAAGGCUGUCCUUUAUAAUAUUCUGCAAUCCUUGGCAGACAUGAAUGUGCCACAGGAGGAAAUGAGUCAGGUAGACUUUGAAUGCCGAAAAGAACCGAGGGACCAUUAUCUACCGGUCUGAUGUUCUUGAACUCAGCUGAACUCCAUCUCCAUCUUAUUACGAGUGCCCACAAGUGUAUGGUUUUUAUGAUGCAUUGUUAAGUGCAGCAGUCUGUUAAAAAAAGGUUUCAUGACUGCGAUGACAUCAUGUGUUUUUUUUUUUUCUCCCCCCUCUCUUUAUGCCGCUGCGUUUAAAUUGGCCGUGUAGGUGGAAUGAAAUUAACAACAUGAGUCACAACAGGUCUUUCUUUGCCCUGGAGCUCACCAACAGAGAGGAGAGUGUUCAGUUCCAGACCGUAAGUCUCAGCUGCCUCUGCACCUUCUUCCCCUGGGACAUUUCAGCCUCUUAUUGGAUUUGGGGGAAAUUGGAAAUUACCUUUUAUUGUGAAGUGUACCAUCAGCAAGUCUUAACAAUGCACCUAUGUUUAUAAGGAUGAGGCUGUGUGUGCGGGUCCUAAAGUUGUUGACAAUUAGAAACUCAAUGUAAAAGCAAACUCAACUCUGUUUGUCUUGAUUGUCAUACCAUCUAAUGAUUGUGUUCUCUACUCCCUUGUGUGUAGGAAGACAUGGAAACCUCCAAAUAUGUGUGCCGGAUGUGUCUGGCCAGACUCAAGUUUUAUAAGAUAAACAAGAGUAGCCUGUAAGUUUAUUUUUUCUUCUGAACAAGUCUAGCCUAGUUCCUGUCCCUUUGUUCUUUGUUGUCUCAUGCAUGCCUCUCUCUCUGGUGUAGCCUCACCUCUAUCCUCCUCUCCUCCUCUCUCUUCAGAGAGGAGUGUGACCCCCUGCCCUCUGAGGUCUCCCAGAAGUCCCUUCUCACUUUAUCUUUUCCUCGCUUUCCAAUGCUCUCUCGUCACUCUCUGCCUUCUAGUAAGGGGUGAGCAACACUGUCAGCCACCACCUACAUUAUUCCCUCAAAGCUGACGCUAACUUUGGUGCUCCCAAGCACAGAAAAACAGACUCUGUCGUGAAAGGAAGAUAAAAAUUUGUGGUGAAUUACCCUAAAAAUAUAAGAAAUUCAUCUACUUUGGUCAUCUUUACUCUGUCAUUACAAUCUUUCACCUAGUAUCUCAUAGUCCUGUAACUCAUUAGUGUGUGUGUUUUGUCUUGGUUGGCAUUGGCCUGUCACCAGAGAUGGAUAUGACAGCUCAGUGUUUGUUUUCUGCUGAUUUAAAAGUGUUUUACACCAGGAUUAAAUAUUUGGCCAGAUUCUUAGUCAAUCAUCUUAUUUCCUCUUUGAUUUAAUAUCUCCAAAUCCAGACCAGCUUUUUUCACAAGUGCUGAAUCUUGAUACGAUUGAGUUAUUUCAAGGCUUCAUUUAAGGCAAAUUUGUUUUGGGGUUUCCAGUAAACUGCACCUAAAUUAAAAAAAAAAAAAAGGUCAAGUGUUAUUCAAGAAGAUGUGAGUGACUAGUUUGACAUUGUUUGGAAGAGGAUUAAAAGAGACGGUGUUUUCUAACAGGUCUCUCUUUUUUUUUUCCUUCAGCCAAAGCCAGCCCACGGUUGUCAACCCCGUCAGACGGAGAUCCUCCACUCGGAUAUCUCUGGUAAUGUCUUCCCAGCUUCAUAGUUUGUUCUUUUCCUCUGGUCCUUUGAGUUAAACUGAGUCUCGUUUUUACCUGCAGCCAAAGCCUCAGGGCUACAUGAUGCCACCUCCACAGAUGCACUACAAUGGCCAUUUUACAGAGCCUUACACAUCAUCACAAGGUAAGACCGGUUACAAGCAUGUGUAGCCACAGUGUCAACAGGUGGAGGAGGUGGAAUGUAUUGAAUUUAAGAUUCAGAUAUUUUGCUCUUUCUGCCCUCGGUUUAAUAUUUACCUCUUUUCUUGACACCUUACUCGCUCUAAAACAUGCAACAAAUAUGUUUUCUUUCUUCCAGACAACCUGUACAUGAACAAUCAGAAUGGUUAUUACUACCACUCCCAGACCAGCCUGGACUGCUCUCCUCUGGAAUACAGCAGCGGAGGGCGCUUACGCAACGGCAGCGUGUACAGCGCUCACAGCACCAGUUCUCUAACCAAUCCUCAGCACUACCUUCAGCCCUCACCCAUGUCCUCCAACCCCUCCAUCACCAGUGACAUCACCAGACCGGACUACAUCCCCUCUCACCGCCACAGUGCUCUGAUACCACCCUCCUACCGUGCCACGCCUGAUUACGAGACAGUGAUGCGCCAGAAGACCAGAGGAGGGAUGGUUUUGUCUCAGGAGCACCGGCAGAGCCACUCAAUGAGAAACCUGAACAUAGGGAACUCAUACGCCUACAGUAGACCGGACCCCCUGGUUUACAGCCAGCCAGAGAUCAGAGGGGAGCACGGUGGAGCAGCUCCACAGCACCACUAUCCGUUCCAUCUGGGCUCCAGCUUUCACAGCCCCUCUCCGUACCCCUACCCUGUCGAGAGGAGGCCUGUGGUGGGGGCGGUGAGUGUGCCUGAGCUCACGAAUGUGCAGUUACAGCAGGCUCAGGAGUAUCCGGCCCCGAACAUCAUGAGAACACAAGUGUACCGACCACCACCGCCCUACCCAUACGCCCAUCCUCGGCCCGCUAACAGCACACCCGACCUGUCGCGUCACCUUUAUGUCAGCAGCAGCAACCCAGAUCUGAUCACCAGACGUGUGCAUCACUCUGUCCAGACUUUCCAGGAGGACAGCCUUCCUGUUGCGCACUCUUUACAGGAGGUGUCAGAACCCCUUUUUAGCGGACCCCCACACAGACACCCAUACCACGCUCAGAAACGGAACUCCAUCGAGAUCGCAGGAUUAGCUCUAAGCCUGGAGGGAAUGAGAGUCAAAGAGCGGACUGUAUCUUCCUCCGCAGCUGAACCCGCCACUCCUCCUCCUGCGGUGCGCGGCGGUCCUUCUCAGAGUUCGCAACUGAACGUGUUACUGGAGCGUGCCAAGACGGAGGACAGGGGUGGCAUCAAGGAGGACUUACAGUACGGACACAAAAAGUCUCUCUCAGACGCCACCAUGCUGGUUCACAGUAGCGCCGAAGAGGAGGAGUUUGAGGAGGACAGCGGGCGCCACACGCCACUUUCUCAAGAUGUAGUAGCAACUCUUCCCGAGCAGCAGCCGCAACCGCAUCACAGCCUGACCUCUCUCUCCUCUCUGACUCUUCAGCAGCAGACUCCCAUUGAACCGCCUCCUGCAUAUCCCAUAGGCUCCUCUCUUGACCCCGCCAUAACCAGCUCCCUGUCCUACAAGGUUCACCCCCUGAUUCAGGAGAAUGAGGCUCUGUGCCUCUUAUCUGAUUUAAGACCGCCCAGGAUUAUGCCCUCUGUCUCUGAGGGAGACCUGAGCGGGCAGGCCAAGCAGAAGGCAAAGAAAGACUUCAAGAAGAGGCCUGUUUCAGACGUGCCUGCUGGGAAGAAAACUGUGGAAGGUCUGCCCCCUCCGGUGAGUCUUACUCGAUCUCUCCUUGGCUUUGAGUGAUUUUUCCGACAUCUGACUUUGACAUAUUCACACACAACGUUCGGGACUUUUUCACAUACAAGUCAAAAUUCAUCUUCCAGUGUGGUUACAAAUGCUUCUGCUUUAACAGUGGUUAAUUUUCUCAUUGGAGGACAUUAUCAUGCCAAUCCUUGUACACUCUUUUGUAAUUAUCCAGCUCAUGAAAGAUUAUAAAGGGCUAGGUUGAUGAUCUUGACAGGCCAGACGUGUAAGAGGGCUUCGGCUUGAAUAGUUCUGAAAACAAACUUUAAGUAAUGAAUGAAAAAAAGAUGUUUAAACAUGUUUAAUUGUUUAUUGGUGACGUUUAAUCACGCUCUAGUUUCACUUUUCUCUUUAGCUGAACUUGUCUCUUUGCAGACCCUCGUCUUUGUCUUAAACACUGCAUGUUUGGCCCUCUGUCAAGAUCACAUGAGCAUGACGUCUUUCACAGACAGUCUCAGUCUGACACAUGUCCGAAAAAUGCCGUUCGGCUUACUCUGAGAAAACCGGACAGGUGACAUUCUUUCAGGAAGCACGGAGCGAGGCUGCGCGGUCCCUCCCCUCCUUUGCACCUGCUCCCUCUCCGUGGGGCUUGCACACAAUCAUCCUUACUUUUUCCUUCCCUACAUCCACUCUUUUGUCAUACUAGGGCAUGAGGAAAGGAGCCAGAUCAGAGGUGAAGAAGAUGGGCCCUCUGAAGGUGGCCCACCUCAACGGCCUGUCCGUGUCAAGGCAGCCAUUGUACGACGAGGUCAAGGACGAGCCUGAACGAGCCUCCAAUGACGAGAGAGUAAGAGCUUUUGGUUUGUUUGCUCCUUGAAAAGUGGGUUUUUGAUGUAUUACCUCUGCUUAUUGUCAGACACUUCCUUGUUGUGUUUAUAAAUGAACUUGUUUUAGAUGUUAGACCUUGUAAGCAAAGCAUAAAUGAAGGAGAAAGAGUUAGUCAAUAAUACGGUAACACACAGAACUGCUGGUCUGCUUUCUUCACGGUGAUUCUUGCAGCUUUGACAGUGAGGGUAAAUUCCAGACACCCCCUUCAUUAGCUGUAAAACCAUCAAGCUGUCACUGUGUUUGACAUCCACACAGAUAUUAUCAAACAAGACGCGGGUUCUUAGAGUACAUAUUUAAAGAGAAACCCACUGCGUGUUGACUUUUAGACACGUUUGUGUGCUUCUCUAUUUGUUUUGCACGACUCUUUCUUUCAUCAUGCAAAUUAUGACUUUGGUUAAAUGAAUGCAUCUCACCGUGGUGCUUUGAUAAUCCAGAAAAAACAACACCAUGAGGUGCUGUACAUUUGUAGUUUAAGGGAGAGCUUGUCUGUGAGGUACAUCCUGGUACAACACCCUUUGUUCACCAGAGUUUACAGUAAACUUGGUCCUCAUGGUGCAAGUGCCAGCCAAAAUAUUUCUGUAGAAAAGGAAAGUUGAGUUUAAACAAGCUGCUGCUGAGUGUUCAUGAACUCUCUUUACCUAAAUCUCUGUCCCCGCUGUUUGAGAUCGACCAAUUCUAACACUUUACAUCCGUGACAGUGAUGUACAGUACAGGCCAAAAGUUUGGACACACUUUCUCAUUCAAUGUCUUUUCUUUUUUUUUUUUUUUUACAUUGUAGAUUGUCACUGAAGGCAUUAAAACUAUGAAUGAAAACAUGUAGAAUUUUGUACUUAUAAAAAAAGUGUGAAAUAACCGAAAACAUGUUUUAUAUUCUAGUUUCUUUAAAAUAGCCAUCCUUUGCUCUUGAUGACAGAAGUACCUUGUCAGGGUUACUUCAGUCACUCCUGUGAAGUAAAAACCAUUUCAGGUGACUACCUCAUGAAGCUCAUUGAGAGAACAGCUCAAGUUUGCAGCGCUAUCAAAAAAGCAAAGGGUGGCUACUUUGAGAAAUCUAAAAUCUAAAACAUGUUUUCAGUUAUUUCACACUUUUUUCUUAAGCACAUGAUUCCACAUGUGUUCAUUCAUAGUUCUGAGAAUCUACAAUUUAAAUAGUAAUGAAAACAAAGAAAAUGCAUUGAAUGAGAAGGUGUGUCCAAACUUUUGGCCUGUACUGUACGUCGUAUUUCUUUUUCUGCGUGUUAGUGUAAAGUGCUGGAGCAGCACAUGGAGCGGGGAGAGCUGCUGAAAGAGUACGAGAGUAUCCCGAAGCGGCGUCCCUCAGGGGAAUGUACCAUCGCCCAGCAGCCUGAGAGCGCGGACAAGAACCGUUUCCAGGACGUCAUGCCUUACGACGACACCCGAGUGGAGCUGGUUCCCACUAAAGAGAACAACACAGGAUACAUCAAUGCAUCACAUGUCAGAGUAAGUUGAGCACUGAUGGAUGUGACUGUUAAAAAAAUGACCUUUCCGAACAUUGAAGUUGAUCUAAAACUGCAGAAUUUCCUCAGACGGGACCAGACAUGUGUCACAAUGUUUGAUGAUAGUCACAGUAGUUCAGACUAAACCGAGCUGCUUCAUUAACACAUUUAAUGCUGUUGACUUUUGUAAACGCCACCCCUGUCUCAUUAGAUCACAGUGAGUGGACAGGAGUGGAGCUACAUCGCCACACAGGGUCCCAUGUCAAACACGUGUCAGGACUUCUGGCAGAUGGUGUGGGAGCAGGGUGUCUCUAUCAUCGCCAUGGUAACCGCUGAGGAGGUGAGCUAUUGUAAUGCAUCUAUAACUCCCAUCUUUUAAUGUCGACUUGCUAUCUGAGAUCCUCACCUGUUUGUAUGUCACAUGUUUUCUCCAGGAGGGGGGCCGGGAAAAGAGCUUCCGAUACUGGCCCCGGCUCGGCUCACGACACAACACAGUGACCUACGGGCGUUUUAAGAUCACCACACGGUUCCGCACAGAGUCGGGCUGCUACGCCACCACAGGGCUGAAGAUCAAACACCUCCUAACAGGCCAAGAAAGGACUUUGUGGCACCUGCAGUACACAGACUGGCCAGAUCACGGCUGUCCCGAAGACUUCAAAGGUUUCCUCAGUGAGUGGGAGCAGCAUCAGUUUAUCCUUCUAUGAGCACCAAACUGAAAUCUCAAAGUCUUCCUGGCAUACUAAGAAGUUUCUAAUGAAUUCUCUGACGUUACAAUGUUUUUCCAGCCUACCUGGAGGAGAUCCAGUCUGUCAGGAGACACACAAACAGCAUCAGUGACCCAAAGAACACAAACCUCCCUGUCCUGGUCCACUGCAGUGCUGGAGUGGGGCGGACUGGGGUGGUCAUCCUGUCUGAGAUCAUGAUCGCCUGUCUAGAGCACAAUGAGGUAACUUUUUUUUUCCUUCAAAACGGAAAUGUCCAAAGUGAGAUGACACGCCCCUGCUUCGCAACAGGCACUGACCAGUUGCACGAGUUUGACGUGCCGUUCUUAUCACGAACCAAAACACACUUCCACUUUCACCUGUUGGUAAAAUGGCAAAGAUCCUUCUGGUCAAUCCAGUUUACAGCCCAACAGCUUCUUGUGUGAGAUUGAAGCGGACUGUCAAGGUUGUAAAAGAUGAUUAGUCACUCUUUUUGGCUACCCGCGUUCCUUUGUAAUCUGUUAAUAAGCUGCAGGAGCCGCCUCUGUUAGCCUUAGUGAAGGUGACGCAGAAAUGUGCCUCCAGAACCGCAAUCAGAUGAGCGCAGCAUGUGGUGAAGCGGCUACAGGCGUGCCUUUCCACCGACAAACUGACCGUCUAGCAGCAGGAGCUAAUGUCCUAGUUGCUUAUGGAUACAUGUUAAAUGAAAGACUGUGAUUGGGUUAAUCCAUCUGCCAUGGCUGGGAAAACAUUUAGAAAGACAGCAUCAUUAAGUGAAAGUGAGUAUGUGCUGGCUGUCGGGGUUGUAAAUCAGGGCGAUUUUUCUAAAGUUUCGCAGACUGUGUGUCCACUUCUGAUCAAUCAGAUUUCGUGUUGUUGCGACGUCAGAUUCACCGGUAUAUCCAACAUGGCCAACAGGCUGAUCGUUUACGUGUCAGAGAACAGAGUGCUUUUUGAUAAAAAACACAAACAUUACAAAGAUAACGACCUGAAGGAUGGUUUGUGUGCUUCAACAGUUUGCUAAACGUCUUUGUUUUAACUUUCAUCUGUGCAAAUCUGUUCAGAUACAACAUACCAUAUGUAUUUUCACUGUCUCAAACUCAGUAGCGUUGCUGUCACAGCCUUGUUAGGUCUCAGUUGUUACCUUACGUUUAUGGAUUAUAGUUUAAUGUGCUUAUCUGGUACUGACUCAGUACAUGCUAUCAUGACAGACAGACAUCUCAACGCUAGAGUCUGAUCAGAACUGAAAAACAGUCAGUCUGCUGUUGUGUCAGUCAUCUCGCUUCCAUUCGGGACGCGUCUUUUUUCCCCCCGGAAAGUCGCAAAAUCACAUCGAGCUUAAUGUGUAUAGUCAGGCGCGUCAAAAUUCGCCUCCAAAUAAUUCGUAAUAUGGUCACCCUAAAGGUCCCGGUGUGUAAGGACCUUUAGGGUGACCAUAUUCUGACUUCUUCCCCGAAAAAAAGGACAGGAGCUUUUCAGGUCACAUCGAGUGCCUUUUAUGCACUUCUAACUCAGUAAGUCCACGUGACACAAAAUUUAAAUUUAUGUACAAAACCGCAGACAUUUGAAAAAUUUUAUAAACUUCUCCAGUCAAACCCGGACAGCCCCCAAAAAAAGAGGACAUGUCCGGGUAAAAGAGGAUGUAUGGUUACCCUAUUGUAAAUCUCAGGUUAGCCAAUCUUGGUGUCAAAGCCCCUUUUUUUAGAGCAUCAAAAAAAAAAAAAACUGAAACUAUGUUAGAAAAAUGGUUUAAUUUCUCCUAUCUGGAAUCUGACUUUGCAGCUUACACUGCAGCCGGUCCAAAUGUUUGGUUUCACUUUUGGAAAGCUGUAGCGUCAUCCACCUCUUCACACUGUCGAUAAAAAAACAAGCUUUGUUUCUUUCCAGGCGCUGGACGUUCCAAAAUUCCUGCUGAGGCUGCGCGCUCAGAGGAUGAUGAUGGUUCAGACGUUGGCUCAGUACACCUUCAUCUACAGGGUCCUCAUCGAAUACCUCCGUAACUCAAGGCUCAUAUGAGUUCAACUGCUGGUUGUGGCUGAUUACUCCCUCAUUACAGCUGAGUGUAGGACGGAGUUCCCUGCAGGUUCAUACCAAACUGCUCUGUGGUGAUGCAGCUUUGUAAACCUCUGGAGUCUGUUUGUGAAGGUGUUCAAACAAAGCUGAAGGAUUGAGGUGUGGAUAUUUAAGAAUGAAGUGAUACCACAUGAAGGAGCACAGAGACACAUGACCUUCCUCUAAACAGUAUUAUAUAUAUUAUUUUUUACAUACAUUAUUGCUUGAUUAAAGCCAGCACUUUUACAGUACUUUGCAGUAUAUAUGAACCAAUUUUAAGCUGCAUUGUCAAAUCUUUAAUAAUAGGGUUGUAUCAGAAACAGUUGUAUUUUUAAUGGACAAAAGUCACUUUUUAAUUCAAUGUUUUGGGACUGCUGUUUGAUUGGUUCUGAUGAGAAUGAAGGAGUUUUCUAGUAGAAUGAUCCCGUGGAUGAAGUUCUGGAAAUAGAUUGUUUCAUGAAGGUGUGAUCGCAGAGCCGAAAGCUCAGAAGGUUGUUCUAUUACGUGGCACAAACGGGUUCGAUCCUGCACGCAAGUCAGGAAUACAGAGUAUUCUGCUGUUAUCUUUUCUGUAUUUAACUAUUCAACUUUCCUUUUGACAGCAAAAAUACAUUUGUCCUUGAAGAGAGCUAACCGAUAUAAAAACACUGGAUUGAUGAGAGAGCACAAGUCUCAGACAUGUAGAAUUGAAGAAUCUGAAUGACUGAGGAGGUUUUCUGUCGGGGGUUAAAACUGGAUAAGUUAUUUGACACUUUUCCUCACUUUGAGUGUUGCAAAGGAAAAAAAGUCGGUAUGAUUUUAAAAUACUUCUUCAAAACAAAGUGCCUAAAUAUCUGCCUUAUGAAGCUGACAAGGAUGUGUAUUCUGCAUCAUAUGAAGGAACUUUUUUUAGUCAUUUAUUGCUUAUUUGAUUGCAGUGAUUUGUGUUUAUUAAAGUCAAUCAAAAUAUUGGAGACCAAUCCCUGCAUAAAGCAGAAGGAUUGCAAACAGACGUAAUCGUAAUAAUAUUUGGAGCAUUUGUAGAUGUGUUAAGCUGAGGUAGUAGUUUUUGUUUUGUACAGAGAAUCAGUUUGACAGUAUUCAUGUGUAACUGUGCUGGCUGUGGUGCUUAGUGCGAAGCAGAGAUAGUGAAAGACGGACCAUCUUUUAAGUAUCCUGUCUGCCACACAUGCUUUGAAUCCCUGAUGUUAGAGCCACCUGACUAGACCUGAGUGCCUCCACGCUUUCUGUUUCCCCGCCGCUGCUGCUGCUGCUGCUAAGGUCAUUUGAAGGUUCCUCUUUGCAGAUAUAAUGCUUGCAGGCAUUGCAAAGUUUACAUGUACAAAUAACAUAUCUUUAUCGCAGUAGCGCCAGCUUUAUAAUUUGGCCAAAGUGAAGUCUGUCUUACCUUGAAGUUUCUGCUUGUCGCUCAAAAAUGAGGUCUUGACUGAUGUUAAGGCUUAUCUUUAUUACUGGAUCCUUUCAGUGGCCCACAUGAAUUUGCUUCAGCGUUUGUUUUUGGUUCUAAGAUGCUGAUUGAGUCUUAUUCUGGAGAAUGGAAAAAAAAAGAGUGAAUUUUGUGGCCAAACUGCAACUGUUUGUCCAUGUACAGGUAUGUUCAUAAUGUACACAAUGUAAAAUUCUGCUUUUAUGAAUAUUGGUUAUUGUACAAACUAUGUAUAAACUGUAUCUAUUGAACAAAGAAAUGGUUUGCCAUUGAAAAGAAACAAGUGUAGAAAUCUUCUCAGCCAAGAAUAAAUCAUUGGAAAUAAAGUAUUUCUUGUUUUUCUAGUGA